GAGUCUCUCUAUCUUAGGACAGUUUUUGUGAGCCAGCUCUCUGUGACAGAGGCCAGAACUGCUGGUUUGUCGGAUUUGUCCGAGGGACAAGCCUGUGACUCGUGUACAGGAGGAUGAGUGUGUGACAAAAACACAUGGGAGGUGUUUUUGUCACGGUCUCAAACACGGGCUCUUGUUGUAUGAGCAUGUUCUUGAUCUGGUGGGGAGACCAAGAUUAAAAACUGAGAAGCUGUGCGAUGGCCCUGGGGGUCCUGUGUGCACUUAGUACCCACAGAAAUAGUGCCACCAAGGUGUGGGGUGACACGUGGGGUGACACAGCUGUGCUGUGUGUGCUGCUGCCCCGAGCAGAGUUCAGGCUGCUGCUGUGUGUGUGACUCAGCCUUCGGGAGGGAGCUGUGCAGAGCUGGGAUUUUGCAGGCAGGCAGGUGGAGUGUCACUCAAGUCAGGGGUGAUAGUAGCAAACUGGAAGUGUCGGGGUUAUCCAGAGUUCCACUUGUUUGUUUUCAGUGCACCAUCCCUGCAGUGUCCAGGGAUGGGACUGUCCUGCCCUGGUGUGUGUGAUGAUCUGUCAGUGAGGAUGUGCUUCUCAUCCCACCCCAUGCCCUUUAUUUGCUUAUCCCCAAGGGACUGUUUCUGUCCCUCUCUCAACCCUUCCUGUUACCAGCCCUCCUUUUCCCCGGGACUCUCAUUCUCUUGCUCCACUCUCCUUCCAGCAAGCAUUUAUCUCUGUGUUCUUCCCCUCUGACACAGUUUCUAGCACUUCCUUGGCCUUUUUCCAGGCCCUUGUUGAGAGUGCCUAUGGUGCUGCUGUGGUUGUCCAGCUGUGAUGGCUGUGGCCCAUCCCCUUUGUCCCCCUGCUCCUGGGGACAUCCAGCCCCUCUUGGCUGCCACUCACAUGUGCGCAGAGUAAUCCUUUGAACAGCUGGACCUGAGUCUUGGCUUUCCAGGUGUUUGAAUGCUUUUCUACAUCUCCACAGGAUUAUGCAGGGACUGUUGGAAAGGCUGGCAGGGCCCUGUUUUCCAGGUGCAUUUGAGGCUGUGAUGGUGUGUCACCCCUCGGGAACAAGCUUGAAGGGAAAGGAGCUGGGACUCUAAAGUCUCUUUGUCACGUGCACUGUGACAGUGAAUUUAAUAACUCCAGUGGAGGACACAAGGUCUAACUACCCCCAAGCACGUGCUGGGGAGUGUUUCGGGCAGCCUGCACCAGUAAGGAAGUCUUAACUUUGCCAGGGGCAGACCAGGUGGCACAGGAAGGAGCCAAGUGAGAGCUUAUUGUGUGAUCCAUGGGCACUGAAUGCCAGCUGUGAAUCUGGGGCUGUCUGUGCGUGGUUAGCUAAUUAGCACCACUGGCAGUCUUUUAAGUGAAAACAGAAAAAAAAAAAAAAGACAUUGGAACUAAUGUUCCUUGUUUUGGAUGUGUUUGACUGCUCCUUUUUUUUUUGGCUGUGGAUUGCAGGAGGCUGCAGGGUGAGGUCACCCCGAGCCGGACGCCAAGGGGGCCAUGCAGAUGAGCAGGACUACAAUGUACUGACUGUGAGCAGCUUCCGACAGAGUUCUUGCCUCCAUGGGUGCUGGGAGAGGGCCUUUCCCCUUCUGGGUGAUUGAUGCUGGCCUGCAUCAAGCAAGUGUCGGACAUGAUCUUUCCCUGGGAGGAAGUUAGUACAGUUUUUUUGGAACAGCAUGACCAAAAUCGAGAUAAAAUGCAUCCAGCACAAGCUGGGCAAGCUGAGGCUGGGUAUGUGCCCUGAGACUCUGUUAGUCCUGAGGUCCUCAGGAUGUGACUCUGUAGUAGUUCUGCAGGCAGAGGCACAAAGUAAAAUGUGCAUUUCGGAGCUUUUUAAAUUAUUGUUUAAAACGUCCUGGCUUCUCACACUAACAAACACAGGAACUUUUCUUAGAAGAUGAAGGGAGGAAUCAGGCAUCCUCAACUAUAAACUACAGAAUGAGUUUAUUUUUUCCCCUCUUGACUUUGACUCACAUAUUUGGAGAUUGCAGAGUUUCCGUUUCCAAACUGGUUUUUUUUCCCCUGCAGAUUAAAGUUUGAACUGGUGUGUCUCUUCUCCCUCACAGUCCAGUUUACUCUGGUUAACUCAUGCUUCUGCCUGCCCUUAGCUCACACCCUUCCCACGAGAGAGGAACGGUCUCUGUUGCUGGCGCUUGUCCCCGUGGAAGCACCCUGAGCACAUCUCAGUGAGUGACCCCUGAGCACACGGUGUCUGUGAGGUCCAGGACAGGCCAUGGGGCACAUUUCUGUGAAGGAAACAAGCACAGCACCAAACCAGCCUGAAGGACAAAUCAGUCAAGGCCUGUGUCCAGAAGAAGUAGAAAUGCAGCCUAAGCAAAAUGUUGCAAACUGAACUGGAGUGUUGCAGCCUGGAUACCAGUUGUGGAGUUUCACUUAAGGAUUGAGGAGGGAACUUGUAGCGGUGUUCAUCUGCUCUGCUGUGGUUUCCCUGUGUGGGAGAAAUAACUGUUUUAUCCAUCUGCAAAGUCUAAAUACGGAGAACAGAGCUGGGGGACCCUUUAGCUCCUUGACUCCUGCUUGUUCCCGCUGGGCACGUCUCCUGGAUGGAGGGCACUGGUCCAACCUGAUCUCUGCAGUCUUUUGAGUCUCCCCGGUGCCGGUCCCGGGACAGAGGGGCCCGGAGCUGCCAUGACGACGGGCGACUGCUGCCACCUCCCCGGGUCCCUGUGCGACUGCCCGGGCAGCGCUGCCCUCUCCAAGUCGGUGGAGGACUCGGACAUCGGGCGCCCGCAGUACAUCACCCAGGUCACCGCCAAGGACGGGCGGCUCCUCUCCACCGUCAUCAAGGCGCUGGGCGCCCAGAGUGAUGGUCCCAUCUGUCGAAUCUGUCAUGAAGGUGGAAAUGGGGAGGGACUGCUUUCCCCGUGUGACUGCACAGGAACACUGGGCACCGUGCACAAGAGCUGCCUGGAAAAAUGGUUAUCCUCCUCCAACACAAGUUACUGUGAGCUCUGCCACACAGAAUUUGUUGUAGAGAGAAGACCAAGACCUUUGACAGAGUGGCUGAAGGACCCCGGGCCCCGCAAUGAGAAGAGGACCCUGUUCUGUGACAUGGUGUGUUUCCUGUUCAUCACCCCGCUGGCGGCGAUCUCGGGCUGGCUGUGCCUGCGCGGGGCCCAGGACCACCUGCAGUUCAACAGCCGCCUGGAGGCCAUCGGACUCAUAGCACUCACUAUUGCACUUUUCACAAUCUACGUCCUCUGGACGCUGGUUUCGUUCCGCUACCACUGCCAGCUGUACUCGGAGUGGCGAAGGACCAACCAGAAAGUCCGCCUGAUGAUCCCAGCCUCGAGGAGCCCUCACCCCGUGCCCCACUCCCUCCUCUCCGCCAAGCUCAUGAAGAAAACCGCGGAUGAGACGACCGUCUGAGCCGUCCCGUGGCCACCAACUGGGGCCAGCCCAGGGCGAGGAGGGCUGGGUGUCCUCCCGUGCCCAGGGCAGCUCUGGGGGCACCAGGAAACAAUCAUCCCACACAAGGGGACUCUGCGGUCAGCACCUGCUUCAGACUUUGACAAACAGACAAAUAAUCAACGUCUGUGUGUGAAAUGGCCCAAAAGAGCCCGGUGGCAGAAGAUGCCUCUCUGCAGGGACAUUUUCCCAUAACUAAAUACCAUACGUGGAAAAUAUCUCCCUCUCUCUCUAUAUAUAUCUAUAUAUAAUAUUAUUUUUUAAUGGCCAUGCAUAUUGUGUUUCAGUCCUUUUGUGUAGAUGUUCUAAGCUUCAGGAUAGAAGCCGGCAGCCUGAUCUCAUUCAGAGGUUAAAUCAAUGCCUUUUCUCCAAAUGAGCAUAUAAAGAACACUUUUCAUCAUCCGUUCUUGAAAGGCCCCUUCUCCUUUGCACUAAAUUGGUUUUGAUAAUACUGCAGCAGCCUUCCCGUUACUCUUUGGUCUCUUUCAUGGUGUUCUGUCCUUUCUAGAAAGUUGAGUGUUUUUAAUAAUUAUUAUAAUCCCAGAAGGAGUAAAAUGACGUGAUGCUGAAUGGAGACAUUUUGUAUUGUAAAGUACUGUAAUUUUGAGAUAUAAGUUUCAAAAAGAGAGAUCUUUUCCAGUGCAGAUGUGAUCUCACACGAUGCUUUCCUUGCCUGUCCUGGCUCACCCCCAGGACUCGGAUGCACUCAGCUCUUGGUAUGUCUGGCAAAGGUAGAUGGAGGAUCCAAGGGUGGAGAGUCAUGGCUUGUAUUAGCUAAACCCACCAUUGCCUUUUGGUUUUAAACGAUCGAGAAAGGAGCUUUCCUGACCCCAGAAGGUUGUAGUUUCUGUUUGCUGAUGUCCUUUCACCAUCCUGAGGCUGGACCUCCCGUAGCAUCAGUUCCACACGUACCUUAGGGGACAGGCCAUGCCCUGCGGCGCUGGCAGGACGCGGGUGCUCUUGGCUGUCUCUGCGCUUUAUUUGCACAUUCCAGAGGAGCUGCUGGGAUUGAGUUCAUCCCUGACAGCGCUGCCUGCCUGUUGUGUCCUCUAGUGAAACCCUCCCAGUUCGCUGGUUCCCAGAGAACAGGUUUGGGUGCCUUCUCUUGUGGGGCUGGUGUUCCUCCUCCUCCUUCUUUCCUUUUUUUCCACCUGCAUUUCCAGCACAUCCAGCUGUCGAAACCCUCUGUCUCAGAGUGCCCCGUCUGCCAAGGGUCUCGCUGGUUUGGCUUUGGUCUUUGCCUCUCUGCCACCCUCCCACCCUGCCAUGUGGUGCCCGUGCCUGGUGCUGAGCUUCCCUGAGCCUCCCGUGUGGCACAGGCUGUGAGGAUGCCAGCGGUGCCACUGCCCUGCCCGGUGCUCCAGAGGUGCUCGGCUGAACCUGGGCUCUGCUCCCGUCAUGGUGAGGGCAGAGAGCAGGGAGGAGGCAGGCUCCAAGGUGCCCAUGUGUGGGUGGUGAUGUGUGUGACACACUGUGUCCCUCUGCCCCUUUGCUGAACCCAGGUGGAUCGGUCCAAUGCCCUGCUAGACUGAGACCUGUCGUUUCUUGGAUUCAAAGCACUCCACGUCCUUCCUCCUCCUCCUCCUCUCUGCCUGCAAAGCAGGAUGCUUUUCCUUAUGUGUACCAUGACCCUGGGCUGGAAGUUUCUGGUGGCAUGAGUAGCAGGGGCCAGUGUCCUGUCUCUCCCAAGAGGAUCACUCCAGCCCUGGGUCCUGGGUUCUGUCAGCUCUUCUCCUCCAUCUUCUGUGCCAGGGUUCUCGUGCAACUCAGGGAUACCCCAGCACAUCUUUCAGCAGCCUCUCUGUGCCCAGUGGCAGGUCCCUGUGGGCUCCUCCGAAGUGGUCUCUGUUCCAAGCAUGAGGGGCUUGUGUGACCACGGGGUGAACGUCCUCUGCCACAGCAAGGCUGCACAUCUCUGCUCCCCUCUCUCAGCCUGUCCCUUCCCUUCUGCCACAUACCCAUGGGCACCCUCCCUUUUCCCAGUCAUGCAGGGAUGACUCUGGCCCUGGUGCUCCUGGAGGAGGGGCUGCUGCAGCCCAGCUCCAGUCCCAGUCCCUGCUCCAGUCCCAUCCUGUUCCCACCCAGGCACUCCCCGCUCCUCACACCCUUCCAUGGCAGCGGGCACUGCACCACUGCCCUGUGCCUUGUCCUGGGUGCCCCUUUCUUCAGGCCCUUCCCAACAACCCCCUUGUCACCAGGACAUUCUCAGUGGAGAAAAAUGGGGGAGUGGUUUCACCUUCCCAUCCCUGGGUCCCUCCCAGCAGCUUGGCCUUGCAGUGCACCGAGUUCUGGCCGGUGACAAGGGAUGUGCACUCCCACACCACGCCCCGGGUAAGGACUUAAUGGAGCCAGUGUUCCAGUUAGGAGACCCACUGUUGAUCCUAAUAUGCAACUGUGAAAGCCAGAAGCCCCUGGCUGGGGCAGUGGGGGCCCGGCCCUGUGCUGUAGGGCAGCCAUGGCUGCACUCAGCUUCCUUGACUUUAUUGUCGUUGCCAAUAAUUGGAGUUGUUGCAUGUGCCCCUGCAAAACCCAACAGCCACUCUUUAAGUCUUUUCCUCCUUCCUAGAGGAGAUGUUCAGCUUGUGGAUGUGGGAAAUCAAUGUCUGACCCACCACGUUCCAGUGUCAUGGGGAAACGGGCUGUGCAAUUAUGUAAAUAAAAGUGAGACAAAC